CUAUCUCUCCCUUUAUCCAAACAGGAGUAUUACUCUGCAUAUAAAUGCGAGCUUUGUCACUCACAACGUUAGAAAAUGUCCUCCUUGGUCAGGAGCAAUUACAGUCGCCAACUAUCUUCAACUGCCAUGGCAAUGUGCUCAAGCUUUUGCCCUCAGAUUCCAAACCAAUCAAGAGCAAGACCCAGUUGCUCCUUCCCCAAAAAACCACUCUACGCCUUUUCUGUUAAGGCUCUCUCUUCUCAGACACCCAAUGCUUCAGUUAAGGACAAUGAAUUGUCAGCACGGAUUGGAUUUCUAGGUCUUGGAAUAAUGGGUUCUCCAAUGGCACAGAACCUUCUUAAAGCCGGGUGUGACGUGACCAUUUGGAAUAGGACCAAGAGCAAAUGCGAUCCUCUUAUCAGCUUGGGUGCAAAAUAUAAAUCAACCCCUCAGGAAGUAGCUAUUUCUUGCGAUGUCACAUUUGCCAUGCUUGCUGAUCCUGAAAGUGCAGUGGAAGUUGCUUGCGGGAAGCAUGGGGCUGCUAGUGGAAUGAGUUCCAGAAAAGGGUAUGUGGAUGUUUCAACAGUCGACGGUGCCACUUCUAAAUUGAUUAGUGGACAUAUUAAAGCUACCGGGGCAUCAUUUUUGGAGGCUCCAGUUUCAGGCUCCAAAAAGCCUGCAGAAGAUGGACAACUGAUAUUUCUUACAGCAGGUGACAAAUCUCUGUAUGAAAUGGUUGCUCCACUUCUAGACAUCAUGGGGAAGUCAAGAUUUUACCUAGGGGAUGUUGGAAAUGGAGCGGCAAUGAAACUUGUUGUCAACAUGAUCAUGGGAAGUAUGAUGGCAUCAUUUUCUGAAGGAUUGCUUCUCAGUGAGAAAGUAGGACUGGAUCCAAGCGUACUAGUAGAGGUUGUCUCACAGGGUGCUAUUAGUGCACCAAUGUACUCAACCAAAGGACCAUCAAUGAUCCAAUCCCUGUAUCCACCCGCUUUUCCUUUGAAGCAUCAGCAGAAGGACCUGAGGCUUGCUCUAGGAUUAGCAGAAUCUGUUUCCCAGUCUAUUCCAAUUGCAGCAGCUGCAAAUGAACUGUAUAAGGUUGCAAAAUCUCAUGGCCUUAGUGAUCACGACUUUUCAGCCGUCAUCGAAGCAUUGAAAGCUAAAUCGCAGAACUCUGCAAAAUAGAAGAAGUGUUCAUCUUGCAUCAGGAUUAAUUUGUUUUACAACAGGGGGCCACGACUGAAUCCACUUGCGUAAGCGAAAUACUUGAUGACAUGCGUAAUAGAAACGUAUUUCUCGGAUUCAAUUUCUCCAGAAAUUUGUAACUUUCACUGUCCCAUGAGACGUCUGAAAUUUCAUCUGUACAAUAGCUCCUGAUAUUUAUGUUAUUUCAAUAAUAUUUUUUAAUAAAUAUAUAAAAAAUUUCCUUUU